AUGGGCUCGGAGAAGCCAAACUUUCUUUCCCAGCCCGUGGUGAAGAACAUUUUCAUGUACCGGAACGGCGACCCUUACUACGAUGCUCGCCGGAUAGUGAUCAACCAUAAGAGGGUGUCCAACUUUGAAACUUUGCUGAGAGAGGUGACCGGCGGGAUACAAGCCCCGUUUGGAGCGGUGAGAAACAUCUACACACCGAGAGGAGGGCACAAGGUGGACAGCUUGGAGAGCCUGCAGAGCGGGGAGCAGUACGUCGCUGCUGGGAGGGAGAGAUUUCGAAGACUUGAUUACCUACAGAUUGGCUCAAGAAGGAAGAGGAUGAUGCAGACUCUUCCAAUACAGGCCAAACCAACUCCACCGAAUCGUAUCGUUGUGUCAGCUCGAUUCCUUAAACCCAUCAAGGAGCCAUGUACAAUAUUUGUAGUAGCAAAUGGCGAUGUCUUGAACCCCGCCAUGAGGCUGUUGAUCCACCAGAGGAUACUCGGCCAGUUUGAAAGAGUUCUCGAGGUGAUCACAGAGAAGAUGGGCAUGAGAGUCCUGGGGGGUAUCCGAAGUCUCUACACUUACGAAGGCCACCAGGUGACUGAUGGGAAUCAGCUGGAGUGUGGUCAGCUGUAUGUGGCUGUGGGAAGAGAACGAUUUAAGAAGCUGCCUUACAGUGAUCUUCUCUUGACCAAACCCAGGGCGAUAAGGAGGGUCAAUGGAACAAAAGCUUACUCUCUACCACCGAUCUACAGGUUCUCCAAGCAAAAUGGAAAUGUAAGCAUUGCAUGUGCAUUUCCAUUGAAUGUAUCUGACUAUUUAUUUAGUUGUGUUUCUAAUUGAAAUAAACGAAUCAAAUGUUUUCAUAGCUGCACCUUUCAUAGCUUUUAUAACCCAACUGACAUAUAAAUAUUUAUCACAGCAUUCUUAAACAUUCACAGAAGAGAGGGAAGUAUUAGAUUUGCUGUAUGAUUUAGUUUUCCUUCAAAUGUUAAAACUCAGCCUAGUUCAAGGAUGUGUAUUUUUCGGCCUUGUUGUUUGAAUGCUUACUGAAGACAUUUAUUAUGUAUCCAUCCUUUAAUAUUUAUAAUACAAUUAACUUCAAAGGUUAAACGAGCAUUCAUGCCAGGGAAUGGAUGACACAAACAGAUAAUGCUUGAACAGCGUAUUCGGUACAUUUCUAGUCCAUGUACUUUUAUUUCUAGUCAUUUUUUUCAAGUUUCUCCUCAGCUUAACUCGACUUGUUUGUUUCUCCAGAGUAAGACUGUGGUGCGAUGCAGUAAUAGUGGAGGUGAAGGGUCCAAGAUUUCUCUUCCGGGCCUCAACGGCAGCAGCAAGGAUCAUCUGUCCUCCAUCGUGAGAGAGAUUUCCCAGGCCAGACUCAUGUCCCUCAGGAAGAGGAGGAGUGAACAGAGCGAGACCCUCGGCAUCGCUGACAAUGAUGACCCUGAAUCAAAGGAUGAUGAUGUAAACGCUGAGGACAAGACCUCCCAAGACCAGCCAGCUGAUGAGAAACCUGCAGACGAUGAUGACGAAGCAAAGGCCGCAGAGCAGAAUGGUGAAAAGGAAGAACAGAGAGAGAAGGAGGAGGAGGUUGAAAACACCACCGAAGAAGACACUUCUGCUAUCAAAGAAGAAAGGAAGGAA